ACCAUAUGAUUUGCGUGUGUUUUGGUUUUGCAUAACAUCGCUCAUCGCCGGUGCUACGUACAACGGAAUCAAUUUCGGUGACUUUGGAACGGAUAUCUCGCUUUUAUCAGCUGCUUAACAGUUUCGGAAAUGGCACCAAUUGUUCUGAAAGGAAAGAACUACGCGUUACUCGUUGGUGGAAUCGUGGGUUUCAUUGCGCUGGCGUGCUAUCCAAUUAUCGUACACCCGAUGUUGCAUCCUGAGGAAUACAAAAAAGUACAACAAAUGAACCGUGCAGGCAUCAAGCAAGAAGAAAUUCAGCCAGGAAACAUGCGGGUCUGGAGUGAUCCUUUCAAACCGAGAGAAGAUAUCAAACGAUAAACAGAGCUCCACAACUGGAGUGGCUACGUUUGUGUGAAUUCGAUUUAAGUAGUAACUUUCUUGAGGCAACAUCGACAUUGGAGUUGUAUUAUCGUCUAAUGAACAAUAUGGCUUAAAUGUACAGAAGACCGUUGAAGUAAUAAGUACUCCAAAGGUGCUCGUGUUUA